AUGGAUGCGCCAGUUCCAGAGGCGUGGAUUCAGCAGCGGCGGCGGCGGCGGCGGCGGCAGGACGCUCCUCUUCCUCGGGACAAACGGGCUCUUUGCCUUCGAGUCUUCUGUACUGGACCGCGCCGGACCGAGGGAGGGAGGGAGGGGACACGCGGUUUGCGAGCCCCUCCGCUUCGUCCGUCGCCACAUGCGAUGAGACCGUGCCGCCCUGUCGUGUCUAAUAAUAGCCGAUCCUGCUCGGACCACGCCGACGCCUUGUUGCAUUAUGGAUGCCCCGGGGCCGGAUAGCGUGGGAAUCUGCCAGUAGAGGCUGUGGCCGCGCCGCGCGUCUCGGGGGCUACAUGCUCCAGCAGCAGCAGCAGCAUCCUCCUCAUCCUCAUCAUCAGCCUCGGCUGUAGCCUGUGAGAGCAUCUCGUCGAGCAACCCCCCCCAACCCCCCCUUUCUGCCGCGUCAUGCCCGUAGUCUGAACCGUGCCGCGCCGCGCCGUGCGCCCCGGGGGACGCGUCGCGCUUAGCCGGACUCGGUUCCGCUGCAUGCCGGAGCGCCGCCGCGAUGCGCGAGUAUAAGGUGGUGGUGCUGGGCAGCGGCGGCGUGGGCAAGUCCGCGCUCACCGUGCAGUUCGUCACCGGCACGUUCAUCGAGAAGUACGACCCGACCAUCGAGGACUUCUACCGCAAGGAGAUCGAGGUGGACUCGUCGCCGUCCGUGCUGGAGAUCCUCGACACGGCCGGCACCGAGCAGUUCGCCUCCAUGCGGGACCUGUACAUCAGGAACGGCCAGGGCUUCAUCCUGGUCUACAGCCUGGUCAACCAGCAGAGUUUCCAGGACAUCAAGCCCAUGAGGGACCAGAUCAUCAGGGUCAAGAGGUACCAGCAGGUGCCGGUGGUGCUGGUGGGCAACAAGGUGGACCUGGAGGAGGAGAGGGAGGUGUCGCCCAGCGAGGGCCAGGCGCUGGCCGAGGACUGGGGCUGCCCCUUCAUGGAGACGUCGGCCAAGAGCAAGACCAUGGUGGACGAGCUCUUCGCCGAGAUCGUCCGGCAGAUGGACUUCUGCCCUCUGCCGGACCGGAGAGAGGCCUGCUGCCCCGCCUGCAGCAUACAGUAGCGGCCGAUCAGUCCGCGGGAGGGGGGUGGUGAUGGAUGGGACGACAAGAGGGACUGGGAAUGCAAAUGAAUUUGCGUGAGAUGGACUGAAGUUGGAGGGGUUCGAAGCAGACACCCACUCUCUUGCGUUCAGCAUUUGCACGCUGCUUUCUGUGUCCAGCAGUAGGGAGAUCACGUAGCAGAAGUAGCCAGUGCAGGUCGAGGAAAAAUAACAUUUCGUCAUUCAUGAGUCCCCCUUGAAGGAAAACAGAACGACAACAACACUUGACCUCCCACAUCCAUCACCAUCCUCUUUGGUUUACCAGAUUGAAUUUAUCAGGGUUUCCCAAAGGCAGCACGGUGCCAAAACCAUCUUAAAAAAAGCCAUUGAUAGAGAGGAUCAUAGUGCUCAAUGCCUUUGGGAAACCAGCCAUAGGUUGUGAGCAGGGACGGCCCUGUUUCUUUCUUCUUGCUUGUGUUUUUCUUUUUGCACCCCUGAGACUCUUUUUUUCUUCUUUUUUUCGACGGUGCAAGAACAAUCACCGAGUUAUCUAAAGGGGGAUGUCACCACAAGGACGGUGGUCAUAUACAAGCAGGCCCGCCUAACUAUGAAUGAAUGAACAGAUGAACGAAUGUCUAUAAAAAGGAAACAGCACCUUUGGGGGAAAUUCGUCGGGAAGAUCCCAAAUGUUGACAUACUGUGGAGGAUGCGUGCAUGACGUUGUACUGUCGCACUGACAUUGAGUACAAUCAAUCUCACCCAAAGAGACGAGCAUCAGUCAACCGACCGACCGGUCAGUCAGUCAGUCAGUCAAUCAGUCAUAACCAUGUACGGACAGUCCUCUUUACACUUUACAGUUGAUACAAAUGCCUUGUUACAUUGUAUGGAGUGAACAUCGGUGUCAGUGUGUCGUCCGUUUAUCUUAAAUCACAUCGGAAAUGUUUGUGGGUUCAACGUGAGAAACACAUAUUUUCAACAACAAAAAAUAAAUCUUUAUGCACAA